AUGUUCAGAAACCCUGAAGAAGGCCAAAAUCUGAAACGUUGGUUCUAUUUUUAACAAUAAUGAAGCUUUUUUAUUCGUUUCCAUCCUCCUCCAAGUUGCUGAAUCUGCUCUUCACUUACAUUUGUUUCUUACCUCCUAACCAUAUUUUAACUUAUAUAUUAUCAUUCUUUUUUAUAGUAUUAUCCAAUAUUAUCAACAAUCAAACACUAUAUUCAAAUAUAAAAUAAACAUACCUGUAUUGAGAAUGCUCUAUUGCAGGGUUCUUCAAUUCCGGUCCUGGAGGGCCGAAACACCUCUGUUUUUCAUCCUCUCCUUCUAAUCAGGGGCUAAUUCAGACCUGGGACACCAGGUGAGUGCAAUUAACUACCAGGUAGAAAUAAAAAACAGAAGUGUUUCGGCCCUCCAGGACCGGAAUUGAAGAACCCUGCUCUAUUGUCUCCCGUUGAAUCCCUCGCUCCCCUCCUCCGUCUCAGCGCGUGUGAUGGAUCUUCGUCUUCUCAAUCUCUUUUUCUCUCUCUCUCUGUCUGGUCAACAUGCAAACCUGGGUCAUGUUCAUUAGGGCACACAACAUAAUUUUUUUGCAACUUCUUCAUGUUUGUUAUUGGAUAAGAUCAGGUAGUCACUCACUCCCUACUUCAAUCUGUUUUCUUCAGUUUGGUGCCUUAUAAACACAACCCUGUAUUAGCCAAACAUGGUUAGCUUAAGGUGAGGUGUAUUUGGUUAGCAGUGGGCCAUAGCCCACCACCCUGUGUGUGUGUGUGUGUGUGUGUGUGUGUGUGUGUGUGUGUGUGUGUGUGUGUGUGUGUGUGUGUGUGGUGUUGUUUCCCGGGGGGAUUUGGUUAGCAGUCAUCCAUAGAACCUCGUCCUCUCCCUGAGGUGUCAAUAGUUACACAACUUCAACAUUUUCUGUCCCUGUCUGUCUCAUCAUCACUGACUGUGUGAAUCUGUUGGAAACUGUUUGAAUCUGUUGGAAACUGUUUGAAUCUGUUGGAAACUGUUUGAAUCUGUUGGAAACUGUUUGAAUCUGUUGGAAACUGUUUGAAUCUGUUGGGUCAUUCUUGAAUUGUGGUAGUAAAUACUGUCCCUUGACUUUGGCACCAUGUAACAUGACUAAUAAUACAAUUCCUGUUUUAUUUAACUGUUAUUUAAUAACAACAUAUAUGUAAGUCCUUUAUACUGCAAACCAUCUAUUUCUAUGCAUUGUGGAAACUGCUGGGGACUAGCAAAGCGGUUUGUCCCAUUGGUGAUGUGCAGAGAUGUAGUGAUAUGUUUCUGGGAUUUAGAGAUAUCUAUUUAUUAUUUUGAAUGCUAGAAAGUGAACAAAAGUAUGUAUUAUAUUGUAUCGAUAAAAAAACAACAUAGAAGGCUAUUAAAAUGCCUAUUUCUCCUCAGUUUUACUCAUUGGUGUUACUGUCUUAAAAAUCACUGAUUACAAAUAUAUAUAAGUGGUAAAUGGUAAAGUGGUUAUCCCACUGGCUAUAAGGUGAAUGCACCAAUUUGUAAGUCGCUCUGGAUAAGAGCGUCUGCUAAAUGACGUAAAUGUAAAAAUGUAAAUGUAAGUACCUUGAGCAUUCUCUCAAGUGGCAACUGUUAUCGGGGGAGGGGUCUAUAUGAAAGUAUACGCUCUUUUAGUCAUGUCAUACAUUUGAGGAUUCUAUUGAUAAUUUGUUGUGUCUAAAGCCAGUGUCAUUUGGUGUUAAUCUAAUUAAUCGAAGGGAAAUAACUUUGUGAGCAAAAUUAUUAAUCAUGUCACUUUGGUAAAUAAUUGUUUUAACAUUGAUGACAUUGAUGACUUCUUUACCUAUAAUGUCUCAAUGGUGUUACCAUCAUUCAUGUUACUUCUCCUACUGGUGGCACAAUGUUAUCAAAAUGGUAAAAAAAUAUUUAAUGUCAUUAAGCUAUGAUUUUAGUUGAUUUAGAAUGGGGGGGGGGGGGGGGGGGGGGGGGAUUUCUAAAUGCCUAAUUGCCACCGUAACUCAAGAAUAAACCUUUUGGAAACUGUGAGUCUGUUAGAAACUGUGAAUAUGAUGUAAACUGUGUGUUGGAAAUUAACUACUUCAUUGUAUACAGUUGAAGUCGGAAGUUUAUAUGCACUUAGGUUGGAGUCAUUAAAACUCGUUUUUCAACAACUCCACAAAUGUCUUGUUAACAAACGAUAGUUUUGGCAAGUCGGUUAGGACAUCUACUUUGUGCAUGACACAAGUAAUUUUUCCAACAAUUGUUUACAGACAGAUUAUUUCACUUACAAUUCACUGUAUCACAAUUCCAGUGGGUCAGAAGUUUACAUACACUAAGUUGACUGUGCCUUUAAACAGCUUGGAAAAUUACAGAAAAUGAUGUCAUGGCUUUAGAAGCUUCUGAUAGGCUAAUUGACAUCAUUUGAGUCAAUUGGAGGUGUACCUGUGGAUGUAUUUCGAGGCCUACCUUCAAACUCAGUGCCUCUUUGCUUGACAUCAUGGGAAAAUCAAAAGAUAUCAGCCAAGACCUCAGAAAAAACAUUGUAGACCUCCACAAGUCUGGUUCAUCCUUGGGAGCAAUUUCCAAAUGCCUGAAGGUACCAUGUUCAUCUGUACAAACAAUAGUACACAAGUAUAAACACCAUGGAACCACGCAGCCGUCAUACCGCUCAGGAAGAAGACGCGUUCUGUCUCCUAGAGUUGAACGUACUUUGGUGCGAAAAGUGCAAAUCAAUCCCAGAAUAACAGCAAAUGACCUUGUGAAGAUGCUGGAGGAAACAGGUACAAAAGUAUCUAUAUCUGUCACGAUCGUCGUAAUGAGCGGACCAAGGCGCAGCGUGAUAUGCGUACAUAUUUUAAUAGUACUUAGCAACACGAUAAAACAACAAAACAAAACGUGAAGUCCUCGGUCAUAAAACACAAACCUAAACGGAACAAGAUCCCACAAUAAACUGUGCCAAACAGGCUGCCUAAGUAUGGACCCCAAUCAGAGACAACGAGCAACAGCUGCCUCUGAUUGGGAACCACCCUGGCCAAACAUAGAUCUAAACGAUCUAGAAUAAACACAUAGAACAACUAAACAAAGAAACUAACACCCUGGCUCAACAUAAAAGAGUCCCCAGAGCCAGGGCGUGACAAUAUCCACAGUAAAACGAGUCCUAUAUCGGCUACCCAAAACUUUUGACCCAAGUUAAACAAUUUAAAGGCAAUGCUACCAAAUACUAAUUGAGUGUAUGUAAACUUCUGACCCACUGGGAAUGUGAUGAAAGAAAUAAAAGCUUAAAUAAAUCAUUCUCUCUACUAUUAUUCUGACAUUUCUCAUUCUUAAAAUAAAGUGGUGAUCCUAACUGACCUAAGACAGCAACAUUUUACUAGGAUUAAAAGUCAGGAAUUGUGAAAAACUGAGUUUAAAUGUAUUUGGCUAAGGUAUAUGUAAACUUCCGACUUCAACUAUAUGUCAUGGAAAGAGCAUAUUGUAUACUCAGUGUAUGUCAACUAUCCUUUCUUUCUUUCUUCUAUAAAUGAAAUGUGUUGAAAAUCCCCCAAAUCAUGUUGUUGUUUUUUGUCCUGGUUUCGUGAGGAAUCACCCCAAAGCAGUAUCAUAAUCUUGCUUUCCAUUUCUCUCUCUUUCUUUCUCUUUGUCUUUCUCUCUCUCACUCUAUCGCUCUCUAUCCCCCAACCCCCAACCCUGCGCUCUCUCUCAAUCGCCUCGCUUUCUCUCUCGCUCUUUCUCUCUCGCUCUCUCUCUCUCUCCCUCCCUCUUUCAGAUGGGCUGGAUUCCAGCAGGAGAGACUCACACCUUCCAGUGUAAUGAGAUGGAGGGUCGCUACGUCGUUGUGGUCAUCCCUGGACAGGGAAAAACUCUCACUCUGUGUGAGGUGGAAGUAUUAGGCACUGCUAAGCUUUCACUGACUUCGACAGAAAGUACUCCAUUCAGAGUUUAUUAAUUAAUUAAUUCAUUUAUUUAUUUAUUUGUAAUUAAUGUUGUUUGUUCUUCUACAUUUAUGCAUUUAUGUAUUCAUUAGUUCAUUUAUUAAUGUAUUCAUUCACGUAUUCAUUUAACGUGGUUUGUUCUUCGCAGGUCCCUGUUCUUCCUCCUCCUGUCUUCUAGAGUACAAUUUUGUGACUAACAAACCCAGCUGGACUGAAGCACAGAGCUACUGCAGAGAGAGGUACACUGACCUGGCCACCGUAGACAACAUGGAGGACAUAGAGAGGGUCAUAGAGUUAGUGGAAGAUACCAAGGACCCUAUCUGGAUAGGACUCUAUGAUGAUGGUAACAGCUGGAGGUGGUCUCUGGAAGAGUUCUAUGGAGAGGGAGCGGCUGAGUUCUGGACAACAUAA